AGCGUGUAAGCGGAAAGAACUCGACGUGGACAAAUCGCCGGAGGAGAACCGGCCGCCCAAAAAGCCGCGCCUGGUGUUCACCGACAUCCAGCGACGGACGCUCCAUGCAAUUUUCAAAGAGACAAAAAGGCCGUCGAAGGAGAUGCAACAGACCAUAGCCCAGCAGCUGGGCCUUGAGGUGACCACCGUGGCCAACUUCUUCAUGAACGCGCGCCGGAGGUCGCUGGAUAAGUGGCAAGACGACAACGGCAACAAUAACAGGGAGAGUGUGUCUGGCUGCAACAAGAGCUAACCGCGGGACGCACAGGGCAAACGACAACCACAACAAUAAAGACGAGACCGUCUUGUCUUUGUGUCUCUCCUACUAAGCACAGCGGAGAGAUAGAAAUGCUGACCGAACCGA